UAAUGAAUAUGUAACUCUUUAACCACUCACAUUUGUGAGAACAAGAAACAAUAAAUAAUUGGAUCUGCCAUUCCUCUAUAUACACCACUGCCCACAGCUGACUAGCCACAAGCAACACUUAUCAGGGCAGGCAGCAACUCACUUAAAGGAGAAGUCAGGACAGCACUCUUUCUUGUCACUAGGUGCUGCAAUGCAAGUGUACAUGACUCACAGGGAUUGGUGUAGUAGUGGCAUGCAAAGCAAGAAGGACAUGCAAAGACAAUAUGCACACCACAGGUGUAUAUUUCAUAACUAGAGAACAGGGCACAGUUAUCUCAUUUCCCAAAACACCAAAGACACAUACUCAUACUCAUAUGUUCCUUCAGCAGCAGGUAAUCCUUGCAGCUAGACAACAAGCUAGACACCUCUGUGUCCUUCUCAGGCUGACAUCCAUCCUCUCUGCUGCUUCUCUUGGACCCAUGGGCACAGGACUUAUCCUGCUAUUGCCUCAGGAUGUAUUCUGCAGUCUUCCAGGCUGCUGCUUGACUCUACGCUUGCUUCUCUCGGCCAACUUGCAUGUGUUCUUGUAUCUUGCUGCUGACUGAUGCUUACAGCCGCUUGCUUGUCUCCCUCUCUGCCUGGGAGCUGACUGGUCUUGCAUGUGUGCAUGUCUGGUGCUUGCACGUGUGUGAGGAGGGGGAGGGGCUGACAGGUGUAACUCCAUGCCUCCCCACCUAACAUCUCCAACCAUAACAAUAUGUAGCAGUCUAAUAACAGAACAUACUUUAGGAAACAGAACAAUAAAUGAAUCAAUGAAGGAAUGUGAAAAUAAACAACCAAACAGUUAACCAAUCCAGAAUUAGUGUUAUACUGCCAAAGAUGGUGAGAAAAUAAAGUUAAUGAUAAAACAAAACAAAAGUAAACAAACUCCCAACAGGAAGCCCUAAUGCUUCAUGUAACCAAACCAAAGAGGUGUUACUGUCCUGUUAACCUCACUCUGGGUACUGACCAGGAGAGGGGUCCUUAAGCUACUCCAGCUGGGAAGAGGGAGAACCCGGAAAGCUUAUCGUCUUCCUUGGUGGGGACAAGGUUUGCUGUGUUUCGAACCCUGAAGAGUUAAUAGUUGCAGCCAGCAGCAGCAGCAGCAGCAGCAUGUCUGCAGAGAUGCAGAAGAAGAAGGAGCGGGAGGUCGGUGCCUUGUUGAAAUCAGUUCUUACGUCCUUUGGUGGAAAACUUCCAAUGAACAAAUUGAAUGUGGAAUACAAAACUGUGGUGGGGACUGAUAUUCCCUUUAAGGAGUUGAAGCAUUCUACCUUAACCAAAUUUUUGCAAUCCAUUCCAGAAAUUCUAAAAUUAGAAACCAGAGGUGGGCAAGUUUUUGUUAGUGUGGUGGCUGACAAGAACAUUGACAUGAUCUUACGGCAUGUCAAGGAACAGAAGCCUGAAACUGCUAAGGCACACCCCAGGAAGAAAAAGGCUUUAUCUUCUGCUCCCCGACACCUUCAUUCCUCCCGACCUGUUGUGCCACUCCAUCAGUGGCACUAUUAUAUUGGAAGUCAUGUCAGCAUGACUAAAAAGAAUGGCAGGAGCUAUACUACAUCCACUACUAAUGGUAUAGCCACCCCAUGUCAAAAUCAGAAAAAACUGCCUGAUUUUAAGCAUGUAAGUAGACCAAAAGUACAGGCUAAGAAACCUGCCAAAAAGACAUUCAAGCAGCAACUUGUGGAGGCAGUGCAAACAUUAUGUGACCCCAGCCUGAAGCCCACCUACAACACUGUCAGCUUUGGCAAGAAAAAACUGGACUGGUGUACAACAAUUAAGAUUGGAGACCUGUUGACAGUAAACAGCUACCCUAACUCUGUGAAGAGCCGAGAGGAAGCUGAGGAAGCUGCAUCCCAGAAAGCCCUGCAGCAGCUUUCACAAGUGGCCAAGAUGAGGCAGACAGCACAGCACUAUACUGUUACUGACUAUAAUGUGUCCAUCCCUAGGGUAAAGCAGCUUUUAGAGAAGAAAUCCCCAGUCAAGCGGUUCUGGUGGGAGGCCGUGCAGGGUAUGUACUGGGAUGUGUAUCAAGAAAAACUCCCACAGGAUUGGAUCACAGUAGUUAAAUCCCAAAAUAACACAAGCUUGGAGUUUGACAAUCCCUGUACAGACAUGUGGACAGUUGCAUUAGCAAAGAAGAUCCCAAGCUCUGGUUCCAUGACUUCUGAGCCACUGGACACGUCAACAAGCUGUGGGCUGGAGGAGGCUCAAUUCCACUGUAAUAGUGAAAAUGAAAAAAGUAUAUCAACUGUUGGAGGAAAGCUGCAGCUGCCAACCCUCAGCCUCCCAUCCACACCUACUUGGGAUGUGGUCAUUAACUGUGUGGAAGACCAUAACAACAUACAUUUGUGCCUGGUGGGGAAGGACUACAGUGAAAUGUUUGAUGAACUGGUGUCAGAGAUGGAAUCACAUUAUACAGAACAGAAGCACCUGCAGUCUGUGAAGGAGCUGGCAGUGGGAGAUAUCUGUGCUGCCAAGCAUCAGGAGUCUUGGUUCAGGAUUGAGGUGCUGGAGACUUUCAGUGAAAAUGCUCAUGUGAAAUUUGUGGAUGAAGGUGAUUCAGCCAUCAUUCCUCUGUGUGACAUUUAUGAUCUUCAUGAAAAAUUCUUCUCUCUUCCACCACAGGACCUGCAUUGUUGUCUGGCUGGGUUUGAGGAUGCUCCUCGAGAGGCCACACUUCAGGCCCUCUUGGAGUGCAUACCCAUGAGCCAGGCACUGGUAGCCCGGGUCCAGCGUCGCCAGGAGCCCUAUGCUCUUGUUUUUUUUGACACAUCUACCAGUGAGGACAUCAACCUAAAUGACAAGGUGUUUGAAUCUCUUGUCCUUCACAUCACUGAGCCUUCUUUGCUGCCUGAUGGAUGUGUAGCAGAAGUGUACCUGACAUAUGCUUCAUACAGUGGUAUAAUUUACUUUCAAGUGGAUUCAGACACAUUAAUAUCCUUGAAUGACCUUCUAAAGAUAGCCAGGAGAAAGAUCAAAGAAAUACCUUUAGACGCCAAUGUAGAUCUUACCAAGCUGUACUUAACUUACUUCAAUGGUGAUGGAGAGUGGUACCGUGCUAAACCAAAGAGUCCUGUGGAUGUGGAUGGAAAGGUCCUGAUGGAGUUUGUGGAUUUUGGAAAUGUGGAGAAAGUAUGUAUCAGCAACAUAAGAAACUUGGAGGCUGUGUCCCCUCUCCUAGCAAAACUUCCUCACCAGGCAUUGCCAUGCCAUCUGUACAAAGUUCCCAGCAAUCCUGAUUUGAAGUGGACAGUGAAAGCCUGCCAACGCCUGGUGGAGCUGACAUCACAGGAUACUCCUUUGCUGCUUAAGGUGGUAUCACAAUGGACAGAGAGGCAGCUGCCCAUGGUGCAACUAUUCAAGAGAUUACUACCUCAGAAUGAAUUGGUCUCCAUCAAUGACACCCUUGGAAUCAAUACCAACCUCUUCAGUAAAGAAGAAGACAAAAACAACAGCACUGACAAAGACAUGUUUCUCUGUCAUGCGAGGUCGCUAUCUUCUUGUGUCUCAGGUCCAAGUCUGCCUGUACAGCCUCCCACUGCUGGGUUAGACUCUUUCUUACCCUGUUCCUCCAUGUCCCCUAGUGACAUUCCUGAUGUUGGCUCCUAUUUUGAUGUCAUUGUGACUUUUGCUGCCAGUCCACACCUGUUUGCUGUCCAACCAUGGAACAUGACUAAGGAAUAUGGUGAGCUAUCUGACAGCAUGCAAAAGCACUAUAACAACCUUGUCAAUCUUCAGCAAGUUAUGGAGAUAAAGGGUGGCCAAUAUUGUGCCUUGAAACACAAAGAUGAUGUCUGGUACAGGGCCAAGGUAGAAAUGACUCAGAAGGAAACAGUUGCUGGAGUAUUUGUUGACUUUGGGGACCGAUUUGUUUCAAGUCUCCAGAAUGUACAACCUCUCUUGCCAUCCUUCUGUAUUCUUCCCUGUCUUGCAAUCAAGGCAAAACUUUAUGGUAUUGAACCAGCAAACAGAUCAUGGAGCCCUGAAGAUGCUUUACACUUCCGCACAUUGACAGGAAACAAAUACCUCAGUUCUGUGGUGUAUGAUAAGAAAGUAGAUAAGAACAACUUGUUAGUGCUCUCAUUAUUGCUGAUUGACACAUCUGACAAAGCAGUUGACUUGUAUAUCAAUCAGCUUCUUGUAGAGGAAAAUCGGGCUGUCUACACAUGGGCUUAAGGCUUCUGAAAGCACUUUGUUUAUAUCAUGCUAACCUUUUUCUUUAAGCUUAAUAAUUAGAAGUUUAUAUGUUGAGUUUGGCUGUCCAUUUUUUAAGGACAUGAAAUAUCUUGAAUGUUGAUGUUAAAUAGAGGAAGGUAAUCUUUAUCAGUUAAUAAGUUAAAGAUUACAGUUAUUUUCAGUAAAAAGCAACAUAAAUCCAUUGCAGCUAUGAGUGAUUUUUUUUUUUUUUUUGGGGGGGGGUGUUGAUGAUGCUUCUCAUCAGUAAGAAAUGCUUGAAUUAUGUACUUUCAGCUCUCUCUCUCUCUCUCUCUCUCUCUCUCUAAGAGAGCAAUAAUUCUAUCUACUUUUACUUAAAGUAUAUUAACUUCCUACACUGCUUAGGUCAGAGAACAGAUGUUUUAUGAGACUGCAACAUAGUGAAGUGGAUUUUACAUCUAUGGUACUAUGAAAUCUUAUAGAAAUGUAAUUAUCUUAUAGUGGAUGAGAUGGCAAUAUCUUUCUAAUACUUAGGUGUCUAUGCAGCAUGGUAUUAAGAAUUUACCUCCUCUGAGUAACACUAAGUUUUGGAAAUGUCAGAAAAUUGUGAGUAAUUAAAUGGGUUUAGUUCUUUUCUUUGUAAGUUUGAUAUGUAAUGAAAAUAAAGAUUUCAUUAUUAUAUGAUA